GUUAGGCUAAAGAUGGCGUUAACGGCUAACAUAGGCGAUUGCUUUUUGUUUCACAAAUAUUAUUCGGCACUGGUAUCAAAACAUUGACAAAUUAGAGAUUUAGUCCGUUAAUUUAUGUGGAAAAAUAUGUCACACUGAGCAAAUACACGGCCAUUCAGUACAAUGACGCUUGGUCGUUCUUUUCACGAUGUAGGCCUGUUUUGUAGGGAGUGGACCGGAGCGGACUGAACUCCAUUUCCCGACAGGGAGUGCGGCGUCAGGUGGUACAACUUUUGUUUCUCAUGCUGCCUUCGGGGCAGAGGACCAUGGCUGCACCCUCUGUGCAAGGUGACCGGAAACAGUCUCGAACACCUGGAACUUCCAGAGAAGGCCCCUCAUCACCACCUGAGUCUUCCCUGACCUGGUGUUUGGCUCACCUCUCCAAACCCCGGCCUGGAGCUGAACAUCAGGGCCAUGGCAAGGCGGACUCCGGCGUCAGAGAAAUGGACAAAAGGUCCAGGAUCUCUCAGUGGAGAGCUCUGGUGGCUAUUCGGACCCAGCACAUAAAGGACGACAAGGCAGGCAUAGCCAGAUUCAGAAGUCAGGGUGGACUCCGACCCCUUCUGGACCUGCUCAAACAGCCGGAGUGCUCCAGGAAAACCUUGGACCUGGCCCUGAGCAUCCUGGCCAACUGCUGCACCGAGAUGGAAACUUGUGUUGAGGUUCGGAAACUUGAUGGAGUAAAUGUUGUAGUGGAUAUUUUGAAGAGAAAUGUGGCCCUGGUGACUGUCCAGAACCGAGCAGCACGGGCUUUGGGGAACUUGGCCACGGACCCUGAAAGCUCAGCACUCAUACAUUCAGCUGGUGGUGUUCCUCUCCUCCUGCUCUGUGUGUCCCUGUCCUCUGCUCCGUCCUCUCCCACUGCUGCUCCACCUACAGACUCCUGUCCUAAACUGGAGUGUGCUCAGUCCGCUGCUCGGGCGCUCCUCUACCUCUCAGAUACGCCUUCGAAUCGCCUCUCACUGCUCACCCAAGGGACAUUAUCUGCCCUCGCCCCUCUUAUCGCUCCUGAAUAUCCCCAGGGGCUGAGGCGGGCUGCACUCAGGACCCUCCACGAGUUGACCAAAGGCUGUGGCAUGGAAUGUGCCAGGGAAGUGUCCCGUUCUGGAGUCCUCACUCAGCUUGGCGUGAUGGCGUCAGGAGAAGCUGGCAAACCUUUUGAAGAGCUGGCAUUGAAAACAUUGGCCAACAUGUGCACCCAGGGCUGCCUCCGGCCUCUUGUGGGUUCACUGGGGGUCAUUCAGAAGUUCACUGAGGAGGUUAAGAGGGACCCGCUGAAGUCAGGAGUCUUUCUCAAAGCUCUGUGCCUGUGCUGUAAAGAGGCAGUGAACAGGGCUAAAGUGAAGGAGAGUGGCGGUUUGGAGGUGCUCACAGGCUUCCUGGCUGCCCAUCAGAGUCACCCACUUUCCCGGCUUACCAUUCUGGCCUGUGUGGACUUUGUUUUUGAUGAAUCAGCCAUGGAGCAGCUGCAGGAGUUAGGGCUGGUCCACCUGCUCGUCGCACGGUUAAUCAAACUCACCAGAGGAGAGGAACAAUCUGCAGAGAAGAUGGAUGUGAGCCUCACCUCCAGCAUGUCUCCCACCGAUCUUCUGCCCUCAUCAUGUUUUGAUUCCUUUGACUUUCCCUCUGCUGAGGUCUACAAGAAAGAGGAAGGCGGGAGGGAGCACGGGCUGUGUUCGUCAAGCUUUUUAAGUCUCAGGUCUUGGUUGGUGUCUGAGGGACUGAUCUCCUCUGAGGGCGACCUCCUCCAUUCCUCUGGCACCGUUGACGGGGACUGGGGGAGUCUUCAGGUCCCAUCGUCUUCGUCGUCCCCACACCCUGAAUCCCAUUCAUCCGGCAAAACCUCCGCUCCCUUAAACUCUACCGUCUCAUCUGCUUCUCACAAACCCUCCCAGCCUUCUCUGUUGUUCUCCUCAUCCCAGCCCCAACAGAAGAAUACUGAUCCAUCUCCCACAAGUCCUCAGCCGUCCAGUGCGUCCUCAUCCCAGACCCAGACCGCUCAGACUAAAACGCCGGUGUCCCCGUCGAAGUUCUGCUCCCCUAACCGGAGGAGGCAGCGGGGACACGCAGCAAUGUCUCUGUCUAAGGUCACUCUGGACACGCCCCCCUCAGCCUCCCGCCCAGUCGCCUACCACCCCUACCAUCCUGAACCCUGGACGCCGGAGUCCCCCAUCCUGCUGCUGCUGUCUCGUUUCUCCCACGCCACGGACCCCAGCGCCGCCCUGGUCAACACCGGCGUCAUGUCUGCUCUGAUCUACUACCUCACCCAGCACCAGGACCCCAGCAGCAGGUGCUUCCGUAUGCUGUGCCGACUGAGCUGCAACCCCAACUGUUUACAGGCGCUGGUCCGGUCCGGGUCUGUGGCGCUGAUUCAGUACCAUCUCUGUCAGAGAGAAGAGGGGGUUUUGGACAGACAGGAGAGGCAGACGGGACGCGUGAAAGCCAAAGUCAAACAAUUGGGUUUUGCUCUGCUCAAUAAUCUGCGUGUCCAGUGUGAGUCUGGCUUCGGCUCUGGAGUUCUAUCCCAUGUGAUGCUGUCGGGCACCGAGUCGGACAAGAUGAACUGUGCUCUGUCUCUGCCGUUAAUCAGCAGUAACAAGGCCUUGUUGAAGAAGCUCCUCCUGGACAGCGGCGGUUUGUUCUUGGCUCUGCAGCCGCUCAGCGCUGAUGACGAUGACAGUAUGGACGAAGACCAUUCCACAGAAUGUGAACGGCUGCUGUCUGAUUCUCCUCAUUCAGGCCUGACCUCUCACCUUCACUCACUGUACUUUUCUCUCAUGGUGGGGUGUCUGUCAACUCUGAUUAACGGCAUGAAAACUUUAGACAGAAAACAGUUGAGUCCAGUUAAAACCCAUCCAGUCGGCGCCGGCAGCAGACUUUCACCUCCUCCGCUGAAAAAGCCUCGUCUGUCUGAUGUCUGUCCUUACGGCGUCUCAAACUUUGACCUUUUCUUGCUGCUCGAUGACGGUACCCAGGUCCCAGCCAACAGGGAGGCUGUGGCCGGGGUGGAGGGUGCAGACGGAGCCGGCUCUGAGUAUUUCAGGGCCCUGUUGAGAGGUGGGUUUGGAGAAGCUCAGGGAAAGGCAGAAGCAGCCAUCCCCAUUAAAGAUGUCAGCGUAGGGAUGCUGCUACCGGUGCUGCAUUAUCUGCACGGAUGUCGCCUCGCAAAACCAACAAGGGAAAAGGAUGAGGAAGAGAACAGUAGGCGGUGCCAGGUUCUGGACUCGCUGGUUCUUGAAGGACUGGAUUUUUGUCCAAAACAGGCAGACAACCUGACUUUUCAGAAGACCCCUUUAGGAGAGAUGAUGAUUGGAGCCUGCAGGUUUUUGGUGACAGCCCUGCAGAAGGAGUUGGAGGAUCUGUGCAUGUUUCUUCUGUCCCACUUGGCCAAAGCUGCCCCGGCGUCCACAGAGGACGACGGUGGAAAGGCUGCACAUAAGAUGGACCACGUCUGCUUAGAGUCCGCGGAGGAGAACCUGGUUAACCGAACAUCUGAGUUAGAGUUGAGCGGGUUCGAGCUGCAAACGGAACAGAAACCAAACAGCUCCGUUCAGCAGAAAACACUUCAGAAGACCAAGACAAUCAAAGGAGUUGCAUCCGGUUCCAAGUCCAGCUGUGUGGACAAACCCCUCAGUCCAGAAGAUACCAGAUUAAAACCAAAGAACUCAAUGAAAGGUUCAGCGCAGGUCCUGAAAUCAGAAACUCAGGACUCUGUUUCAUCAGAAUCCAGUCGUGGAGGCGGCGCCGUAGCUGCUCUCCUACCACAGGUCUACUGGUUUUCCCAGAGGUACAGCUACCCAGCCCUGGGGCGCACCUGCCUGUCGCUGCUGCUCGGCUGUCAGGACCCUCCCGGACCCUUAUUCUCCCCCUCUCACGCUGGCGUUUGCCUUCGCAGAUUAGUAAGAGUUGCAGACUGCACAGAGACCCUGAAACAGGAUCUUGUUAGUCUGGCCUCAGCAGCUCUGAGCUGAGACCUGGGUGUCAUAGUUAUCAGUGUCAUGAACUCAGACAACACGCAUUCACUGACGGUUUGACUUGGAUGCUUUUUAACUUCUAGAAAAGCUGCCAUCAUUUUAUUUAUGAUUAAUCAAGUGCAGGUUUGAUCAUCUGCCGUGAAACACAUCUGAAUUAACCCAUAAAGACCCAAACAGCCACCGGCGACUGAAACCAUCUACUGAUCUAAAACAUUUCAGAACUUCUGAACCACUAAACAUAUCGAUACAU